CUCCUUAGAGCGGCAAGCAGCUGAGCCCAAGAUGGCGGCGUGCGCAUUGCGGUCGCUCUGGCGAACGCGGCUUCAGCGGCUGCUCUUUGCAGAGGCACCAGCGACGUUCCGGCGUCGAGCUGUCGCCUCCGCUCCUCCUGUCUAUAACUCUGGAUUCCAGAGCGAAUACAGCUUAGAUAAACUCUAUCCGUCGUCGCCGCAAAAAGAAACCGACAAAACCAAGGACAGGGCCAAGCCAGCUGUUCCAGACAUUCCUGUGGAUCGUUUGUCUAUAUCCUAUUGCCGGAGUAGUGGCCCAGGAGGCCAAAAUGUUAAUAAAGUGAAUACUAAGGCAGAAGUCCGAUUUCAUUUGGAAUCAGCAGACUGGAUUGCAGAAGAUGUGCGACAGAAGAUGGCAGUGAUGCACAAGAAUAAGGUCAGUAAAUCUGGAGAGCUGAUAAUCACCUCUGAAGUGAGUCGCUAUCAGAUGAGGAAUUUGGCAGACUGCUUGCAAAAACUCAGAGUCAUGAUUGCAGAAGCCACUGCAGAGCCUAACGUUCCAUCCAAGGAGACCAUGGACAUGAUCAGGAAAAGGGUGGAGAAAAUGAAUCGUGAACGUCUCCGACAAAAAAGAAUUCACUCUGCUCUAAAGCAAAGCAAGCGGAUAGACUUGGACUAAACAUGAUGGAAAAGGAGAACGCAUACUGGCCUGGGACACUUUCUUUGGACUAUUCCUUGAACUAGGAAAAGAACAUAACUUUUUAUGAGCUCUUUAUGUAAAAAUAAAACAUAUACCAUCAAA